CUCGGAUGGAACGUGGGUGGCACCCAUUCAAAUCGGUCGGCGUGGGUUACUUUGGGGGGGGGGGACUUUGGGGGGGGGGAGCGGGGGGGGGGGGGAAGAGGGGGGGAGGGUGUUGGUUGGGGGGGGUUGGGUACUUUGGGGGGGGGGGGGUGGGGGAGGGGGGGGUGGUGGGGGGGGGGGGUGGCUUUGUGGGGGGGGUGUUGGGGGGGGGGGGGUGGGUGCGGGGGGGGACUUUGGGGGGGGGUUGGUAGCUUGGGGGGGGGGGGGGGGGGUGGGGUGGGUGGUGGGGGGGGUGGGGAGGGUGGGGGGGGGGGUGCGGGGGGGGGUGUGGGGUGGGGGGGGGGGAGGGGGGGUGGGGGGGGGGGGGGGUGGUGUGAGUGGGGGGGGGUGAGAGGGGUGGUGGGGGGUGGGGGGGGGGGGGGGGGGGGGGUGGGGGGGGGUGGGGGGGGGGGGGGGGGGGGGGGGGGGGGGGGGGGGGGGGGGGGGGGGGGGGGGGGGGGGGGGGGGGGGGGGGGGGGGGGGGGGGGGGGGGGGGGGGGGGUGGGGGGGGGGGGGGGGGGGGGGGGGGGGGGUGGGGGGGGGGGGGGGGGGGGGGGGGGGGGGGGGGGGGGGGGGGGGGGGGGGGGGGGGGGGGGGGGGGGGGGGGGGGGGGGGGGGGGGGGGGGGGGGGGGGGGGGGGGGGGGGGGGGGGGGGGGGGGGGGGGGGGGGGGGGGGGGGGGGGGGGGGGGGGGGGGGGGGGGGGGGGGGGGGGGGGGGGGGGGGGGGGGGGGGGGGGGGGGGGGGUGGGGGGGGGGGGGGGGGGGGGGGGGGGGGGGGGGGGGGGGGGGGGGGGGGGGGGGGGGGGGGGGGGGGGGGGGGGGGGGGGGGGGGGGGGGGGGGGGGGGGGGGGGGGGGGGGGGGGGGGGGGGGGGGGGGGGGGGGGGGGGGGGGGGGGGGGGGGGGGGGGGGGGGGGGGGGGGGGGGGGGGGGGGGGGGGGGGGGGGGGGGGGGGGGGGGGGGGGGGGGGGGGGGGGGGGGGGGGGGGGGGGGGGGGGGGGGGGGGGGGGGGGGGGGGGCCCAUUUCUUGUUAA